CUCGACCAAACAACUCUCAAGUCCAGGUUCAAGUUCAAGCCGCCAUUUGCCCGGGGGAGCUUUUCAUGCCCAUAAAUAAAGUGCCAAAAUAUUCUCCCGCGGGCCUUGAAGAUGAGCGUGGACUCCAACAAUAUUCUGAACGAGAUCGACAGCCUCCUCACCAAGCUCGAGACUCUCCCGGACAAUGUGCGCGUGGAGGCCCUCAGGAAGCUGUCGCAGAAGGUGUCCGUCACUCAGCCAGAGGAGCAGAGAAGCAGCCGAGGGAGGGGAAGGGGGAGGGGAAGAGGAAAGGGAAGAGGAAGAGGAAGGGGUAGGGGUAGAGGACCCACCACCACCACCACCACCUCCACCCCCGUAGAUUUCCCCCUACGUGAUGACCUUCUACAAGUCCUACACACCACAGAUGCCCAUGAAGACUCUCAUGAAGGUGGAAAAAAGGAGAAGGAAGAGGAGGAGGAGGAGAAGGGUAAAGGGAGGGGGGGUUUGAGGGGAAGGAAGCAAGGGAGAGGCGCCCCCCUCGAGAAGGUCAUGACAUUUGGCCGGCGGAGCACCAAGAGAGUGGACUACAGGCAGCUGGCGGAGUUCGGGUACGACGGCGGAGAGGCGGAAGAGGACAGGGGUGGAGGGGACGCAGCUCCUCUGCACAUCCCCGGCACCACAGACACCACACCUCCUCCCGCACCCCCCUCCUGCAACGCCACAUCCUCCUUUCCUGUCAAGAGGCGCAGAGGUCGGCCCCGCAAGCUCCCGCUACCCCCUCCGUCACCUCCUGCGGAAGAGGCGAAGUCGGGUCUUGUUUCCGAUGUCGCUGGUGCAGGUUUGACCCCACCCCUGGCUGCCUACACCUGCCCUGAGCCCUCCACACCUGUUGGGAAUGUUAUUGAUGCACCUGAGAAUACCACGGCCUCUGAUGCAGGAGAUGCGCUGGACCUCCUGGAGAGCUGCCUGAAGGAGAGUGGCAUCAAGGCGGUGGAUGACUUCAUACACAAAAGGAAGAGCGACCCCAACCCAGACCUCAAGACCAUGAUGGAGGAGGAGGAGGAAGACGAGGAGGAGGAGGAGGAGGAAGAGGAGGAGGUGGACGUGGUUGCGGCAGAGGCGAUGAUCAAACUGGAGGAGGAGGAUGCGUACGAUGGGUUCCCGGUGAAGGAGACGGAGGAGGUGUACGUGUGUGACAGUGUGGAGGCUGUCAACAGUAUUCCCAAGAAGAAUGCCGUCAAGUCCCAGUAUAAGUGUGACGAGUGUGGCAAGAUGUACUCCACUCUCUCCAUCCUGAAGUCGCACAAAAUCCGCCACAGGGACAAGAAGGACCUCCCAUUCCACUGCGACAAAUGCGAGUUCACGGCCGCCUCCAAGAUCGAGAUGUUCCGCCACGCCUACAAGCACUCGGACGUCCAGCUCUACAUUUGUGAGAUCUGUGGCAACACCUUCUCGCGUGACACCACCCUCCGAGAGCACAUCGAAUAUGUCCACUUGGCCCCUCGGAAACUCAAGUGUGGCCAGUGCGGCUUCGUGACCAACAGACGUCAGACAAUGCGCAAACAUCUGCUGAGCCACAAGGAGGUUCGCCCCGUCGUCGCCUGCCCCAUCUGCGGCGUAACCUUCAAGUGUAAACGCAACCUCAAAACGCACCUCUUCUCGCAUGUUGGAGCCAAGCCGUUCGAGUGUGACGAGUGCGGCAAGAAGUUCAUCCUGAAGAACCGUCUGGUGGUCCACAAACAGCAAGUCCACGGACCACGAACACACAAAUGCCCUGAGUGUGCCAAGAGCUUCCCAACGUACCACCACCUCCAGAGGCACCUCAGGGUUCACACCGGGGAGAAGCCUUACAAGUGUUGCUUCUGCGCCUUCACCUGCAACACCCAGGGCAACCUCAUCAAGCACAUUAGGCAGAUUCACGAGAAAGUCAGCUUCACCUACAAAGACUGUCUCCGGGUGAGCCAGAACGCAUCCGGGGCCGCCGCGGUGGGUGACAGUGAGCUCCGGCGGCUGAGCGAGGAGGGGCGGGAGGUGGCGGUGAGGCUGCUGCCCGCCCUGGAGGAGUUCACGGGUCAGCCGCUCUCCCUCGAUCAGCUGGCGGAGCAGGUCAGGAAGGAGAAGGAGGCCAAGGAACAGUCCGUGCAGGAACAACUGAGCCGGAAGAAGAAGCGCGCCCAGCGGAAACCCAUUAACGUGCCCCUGAAACACAUACCCCAGGGUGCCUUAUACGCCGGGGGGGCCGAGGGGAAGGUCACCCUCUACGCCGUGCCUGGGGGGGCCGGGGGUGGCGGGGGUAGCAUGGAGACCCUAAUGGAUGACCAGGUGUACGUUGAGGACCCCCUGGGGAGCCUGGGGGAGAGCCAGUACCUUCUAACGCAGCCUGACGAUGGGGGAUGCGUCAUGAUCAUACCCUGGGAUGUGUCGCUGCUGGGGGAGGAGGAGGCUGCCUGGGGGGAGAGACGGGAAGGUGGUAGCGAAGGGGGUGACAUCAUGGCUAUUAAGAUCCCAAAGGAGGAUUCAGGUUCUAUCGGAGGCUUGGAACCUGGGCUUGAGCUUAGACCCAAGGAUGUCAGUCUUAAGGACGAGGCAUCAGGGGAGGUCCUAGGGGUACCGGGGGUGGUUGGAGGGCUUACCAGGGGGCUAGGAGGCAAGAGAAAGCCACAGAGUAUACCACAAGGGAAGACAUACCAGAAGCCCUUCCCGGAGUCCAUUCAGGUGAUCGCGUCCAAUGAGCCUGUUGACGACCCUGCCCAGGAUGCCUCAAGCUUCGUCCUGCCUGAAGGGUACAUCCUCGACCCCACCGGACAGGUCAUACAACUCCCGGAGGAGGUCCUGGACGCUAACCUACUCCUGCGACAGGCUGUGAGGGGGCAGGAGGCACCGGAAGUGACAAUUAACAAGAUCACAAGCAACGUCUACUCCUUGAUGAGCCAGGGAAGGGACGGGGAUGGCGGGGAGACGUAUGUGAUCACGACGCAGGAAGGGGAGGAUGAGGACGACGAGGAGGAGAGGUCAUCAGAGGAACAGGAGAGGGUGGGGAGGCUUGAAACUACCCCUGGGAAAGUUGACCUCCUACCAGCUGAAGAGGAGGAGGAUAGACAGUCAGCCCUGGUGCUUAUAGUAAAUGCAGACGACCUUGACAGCUGAGAAACCAAGACAGA